GGGUCGAUGGCAGGGGCCCAUUGCCGAUUUGAGCCAGCUUUAAUAACAUGACGGGAUAAGGAUGGGAAGGAUGAGGGGAAACAAUUAGCCACAAACUUGGGUCUGAUUGGAUGAUGAGUUUGAUUGGACGGGGUGCUGGUCACCAUGACUAUCGACCCCAAGAGCCAAAAAGACUCCAAACUCCAAAGGGCAAGACACGACACAAACCUACGAUUACUUACAUACGAAUACCUACACAGUAUCGGUACGGAUACAUCAGAGGUUCACGCCCUCACAUGCAAGUUGCAACUACCUCUGCUGUGGGGCCAUUCACGGCGACAGCUUCCUCAGGGACGUUUCAACACUACUGUGUGCAACCACGAAUACGUCAGCCCGUCGUCCAUUUGAGACUUGCCCAAGCUAAGGUACGGAGUACGGAUACAGAGCACAGAGUCGCCAAUCAUCAAUGUACCUCGCAAAGGAUACAUGUUUCUUUUCUUUUGGUCAGCGGUCACCGACUCUUGCUGAUACGGGACACAAGAUCCAAUACGAUGCGCAUUGGCCGACUAUCUUUUGCCUCAACAGAGGAUAAUGUCUCUCGCCGUACCACGCCUUGCAAGUUGCGCCAUCCAUCUUCUGCUACAUUACCACCCCAACGUCCCUUUUUGCUGAGGUACCUGCGUCGCCGUUGCUAGCCCACAGCACCUUCGCCAACGUCUGCCUCAUCGUGCUUCUUACAUGAAUCUCCCAGCGGCACAUCAGCUCCCGAUCGGAGCUAGCGGCGCGUCUCACAUUAUCAAGUCGCGCUUGAAAGUUGGCAGAGACGCGGGUGUGGAGAAGACCUUGGUCUUGGUCUAAAAGAGACUAAGGUAGUGGGCACUGGGUGUGAAAUGUGAAUGUGAUUGUCGACGUCGGAUGGGGAAGUGGACGCGGACGGGACGGUACCAUUCGAUUCGUUGCCAG